AUGGUCUUCCCUGGGUCUCGUGGAUUUCCCGUCACCGACAGCGCUGCCACUCACUCAGUAGCUACCCCUACCACCACCACCCAGCCCAGCUACUUUGCUCCCCCCACUUGGUCAGGUUGCACCAGCAGAUGCGUGUCUGCUUCUGUGGGUGGCAGCCAUCAGCUGCCCUUCAUUGCCUUUCUGAUGCCACCCCCCAGGUUCCUGCCUGCUCUGAUGUCGCCAGAAGUGACAACAAUGCCUGCCAUGCCGAGGCUGGGCCCUGCCACAUCAGAGCGCACUCCAGAUCACUGCCCUGUCCCUCCUGUGACUACCGAACUUGCUGUAGUUCCCGGACCAGCUACUGUUCCUGUACCUGUGCCCGUUCCUGGACCUGCUUUCGACUCUGCUACUGGCCCUGUACACGAGCCGUCUCACUCCAAUGCUCCUUGGGUGGCUCUCACUUCUAUCCUGCAGAAGCUGUUGAAGAGGAAGAGAUCGAGGAAGGUGUCUGCCUCCUUCUCUCCUCCCCCUUUGAAGGUUUAUCAACCUAAGAAGGGGAAGGUCGCCGCUCCAACCCCUAAAAUGUCUCAUGUCGAAACUUUGAAGGGUCUGCAUUUCUCCUCCAGGAGGAAGGCCAUUGGCUAUCUCGUCAGCUUGCCCUCUCCUUCGGGAAUGGGAACAGAGGCGAGGGCCUCGGGAGCCUCUGGAGCAUGA